UGGAUUUCUAGUGGCUGUGAUUUCUUCCGGGUUCCUCGCUCAGUUUGUUUUGCUCGCAGCGCACGGCUCAACAUGACAGCAUUAUGAAGGUGACGGUAACUUUUGGGGACACCUCGGUGGUGGUUCCCUGUAAAGCUGGGUGGAACGUGCGGGAUUUAACCGAGCAAGCAACGAGGAGAUACCGCAGGGUUUUGGAGCAGCAUGGGGAGAGCGAAGUGAGGACGCACCACCUGGAGUACAUGGAGGGAGGAAUCCUGGACAUGGACGACCUGCUGAUGGAUCUGGUGGACGACAGAGACAAGCUUUUAGCGGUGUUCGAAGUCCAGCGCGGGAGGACGGAAAGCCCCAGAGAGACCCUGUCCAACGGAUACUCCAGCGCCGCCCCCAGCCCUGAACCCCAGUUCUACUUUCCCCACCUUGAGUACCAGGAGCCAAUGAGAGCGGAGAUAGAAGUCAACGAGGCCAGCCUCAAAGCCAACACACCUCUGCUGGUGAGGAGCAGCAGUGACUCUGCACUGACCCCCUACCAGGCGAGAGCCACGCCCCCAUCUGAUAACCAUAGCAACAGGUCACCUGAACCGGAAAUCAACCAUGUACUGAAAGGAGCGUUGAAUCGACUGCGCACAGACGACCCCCCCGCCAAGAUGAGCCAAGUUCACUUCAACACCCUGACGAGGGCGGUGGAGUUUCCAGGGGACUGGGGACCUCUGGGUAUCCAUGUGAUCCCCUACUCCUCCUCUCUCAGUGGACGGACCCUGGGCCUGCACAUUAAAGGCAUCGAGGAAAACAGCCGCUCCAAGAGAGAGAACCUCUUCCAGCAGGAUGAGUCCAUCGUCCAGAUCAACGACACGCAGCUGCAGGAUAAAACCUUCGCUCAGGCACAGGAAGCGUUCCGCCAGGCCAUGACGUUGUCCUCCCCCGUGCGGCUGGAGGUCCUCCCCUUGGCCAACAAGCCACGCUACGAGAAGAGCCUGAUAGGUCAGCUGUUCACCGGCGACGCCAAAGACGCCCCAGCCAAAUUAAAGAGUCCGAUAUUGCUCCGCGCUAAAACCGACUCCCAGCCAGAACCCAAAAGAGACGCCAAACCCAACACCAACCUGGAGGUGCGGCGAGCCGACGCGCGGACCAGGACCCCGGAGACUCAUGUGGCGAACCCCCCUGCGGAGCUCCGUCCUGGGCCCGGCUCCCUGGAGAGAGGCUCUCCUUCACCUUCUUCCAGGGCAGAGAGCUCCACCCCUCCCAGGACCAGAAGCCAGAGCCCCCAGAGCAGCAGGAGCCCCCUGCCCGGCCUGGGAAACCUCACCGGCAGGAAGGGCGGAAAGAAGUUAAAAAUUGACCUGAAGAAAGGCACCGAGGGUCUGGGCUUCACCGUGGUAACCCGGGACUCCUCUGUCCACGGGCCGGGACCCAUCCUGGUGAAGAACAUCCUGCAGCGCGGAGCAGCUGUCAAAGAUGGCCGCCUGCAUCCCGGAGACCGCAUCCUGGAGGUGAAUGGAGUAGACAUGACAGGCAGGAGCCAGGAGGAGCUGGUGGCCAUGCUGCGCAGCACCAGGCAGGGCGAGAGUGUGUGUGUGGUGGUGGCACGGCAGGAGGACAUCUUCCUGCCUCGGGAACUGAAAGGUGAAGAGGAAGGCAGCCUGGUGCUGGAGGACGGCAGGGAGCAGCUGAUGUACGAGAUCCCGCUCAAUGAGUCUGGAUCCGCUGGACUCGGGGUCAGCCUGAAGGGCAACAAGUCCAGAGAGACCGGGGAGGACCUGGGCAUCUUCAUCAAGUCCAUCAUCCACGGAGGGGCCGCCAACAAGGAUGGUCGGUUGAGCGUGAACGAUCAGAUGAUCGCGGUAAACGGCGAAUCGCUGCUCGGACGCUCCAACCACGCUGCCAUGGAGACGCUGAGACACUCGAUGUCGUCAGAGGGAAACGCCAGAGGCACCAUCCAGCUGGUGGUGCUCCGAGCACCCAGACAGACGGCCAGCCCGGCACCAAACUCCAAUGGCUCCUCCGCCCAUCCCCAGUACAACUAUACGGGCUCCAACAAUCAGGACUCCUGGGGCCACAGUGCGCACCAGGGGCCGCCUCGAGUCCCCAACACGGAGCCCACCAUGAACGGGGGUCUCAAUCCGACGAUGGCAAACAACAACAACUACGUCAAUUCUGGAAGUGCUUCGUUUCCCGCUGCGACCACAAACGGCAGCUACGGUCACUACGGCAACGAAGACGAGGACUACGACGACGGCGGCUUCCCCCCGCCCCCCUCCCCCGGCUCUGUGGAGGAAAUGAACAGAGACUCAACCCAAACUCCCCCCCGCCACAGUGAGUUUCAGAAGGAACGUCACGAGAACGCAGACGACAACAGACCUCGCAACAGAGGAUCCAAGAGCAUGGACAUGGUGGCGGAUGAGAGCAACAUGGGAUCAAUGGGGCAGAGGAACGAGCCUUCAGCUGGAGCAGCGCUGGGUCCCACCCUCGGCCUCUGGAAGUCCAGCUCCCUGGAGAGCCUUCAGACGGCGGUGAGGGAGCAGAGCCGCAGCCACGCCCAGCAGCCCUUCCACCGCCCGGGGCCCCACACGGUCCGGGGCGCCAACCAGAGCUUUCGCUUCGCCAUCGACAAGUCCUACGACGGACCCUCUGAGGAUGACGAUGACGGCUCCGAGCAGAGCUCCGAUCAAGAAACUCUCGUCAGCAGCUCCACUCGCCUGGACGUAGACGACGGAAAGAAGAAGAAGAAAACUAAAGGGAAGAAGAAGGAGAAAAAGAGCAAACCGAAGAAGGAGUCUGUGGAUGAUCCGGAGAAGAAGACCAAAAAGAAAGGAUUUGCCCUCCUAAGGUUUGGUAAGAAGAAGGAGGACAAGGGCAAAGAUGCUGGCAAAUCCUCCAAAAACAAACUGGAGGCCCUGAGUGAAGAGGAGCUGGACAGGAUCCCGGACCAAAGAGACGGCUAUGAGCCGCGUUACGCCACUAUCGAGUCUGGCCACGCCACCCCCGACUCGGCCUCCUUCCCCGACGUGGAAGACGACGACAGCGACCCAAACUACGCCCGCAUCAGCAACUUCCGCCCGUCGCCAUCGCCCCAGGCGUUUGUGAGUCGCACGCCCUCCCCCGCCCCGCCCACCGGGGGGUCCAACCCGCUGAGGGCCUCGGAGGAGGAGCUGGACGGCCUCUACGCCAAGGUCAACAAGUCAAGACCCCCGCCCACACAGGCAGACAGUGAUCCACGUCUCCAGGGGCAACGCAGGGAGCACCAGCAGAACCGAGCCGCUCCGGGAUACGAUGAGCUGGAAGCCGCUCGACGCAGAGCGCUGGAGAACGACCCGAGUCGGAUGGCACCCAGAGGAGCCGAGUCUCGCACGGCGCCCCGCUACGAAGAGGUGGACCGGCAGUACCCCACACAACCCAGGAGGGAUCCAUAUGACUACCCCACCCACUCCAGACCCGUGCCCAGAGACCCCGUCCCCCACCAGGGCCGUGUGCAGGCGCCCAACAACCAGCGCUACUACCCCUCGUCCCCCCGAGCAGAUCAGCAGCACCGCGCCCCAGUGAGGCAGGACGUCCUGCCGCCCCCCCCCGCGGGCCAGAGAGGGGACCACUUCUAUGAGGCCGCGGGGGGGCGAGUGGACGGGUACCGGCAGGCCAACCCGGGACGAUACUCCAGCCCAGAGAGGCACCCCGACACCGGGGAGCGCUACAGGGACGACAGGCAGCCCGACCAGAGGCGGAAGAACCCUCUGAUAGAUGCAGUGUAGAAGGUACAUAGAUAUAACAGAUUCACCUGAUCCCAGAUCUGUGAUAUCAGCUGUCUCUGUCAGGGCAGAUAAGUGAGAAACAUAUUAGUUUAUCUGAUAAAAGAACAAGAAGAGACCAGGCUUAUUCUCAGAAGCAUCUGGUCAUAACUCUGGCCAGCUUUAACUAGUGUGUACAUAUAUAAUCAUGUUGGCAAGCGCUUUGUGAAUGUGCCAAUGUAUAUUUUGAUAGAUUUUAUUAUUAAAUUAAAUGAAGGGCAAUUCAAUUAACAGCGUAGAUAUAUAGAGUUAGUGUAUGUUGUGUAGAAUCAACUCUUUUCCAGCGUUUUGCACAAGCUGCAGAGGAAAUGAAGGGAUCACCUUGACCAGCCGCACCAGGAGACACAGGAAGUCGACAAAACAGGAAACAGGAAGUAACUCCCCUUCAAAGUGUCCUCUUGUCCUUCAUGUUGGUCUCUUUGACUUCCUUUACAUCCUGCCGUCACACUUUUUUUUCCCUUUGAUUAUUCGGAUAUAUACGUAGCUUAUACAUUUUCUGUACAUUUGUUAAAUGCUUUGUAUAUGAGUCUGUGAUAUUUUUGUGGUGUUUCUAUUAUAAUAAAAUGUAUAAAUCUUGAUCCACACACAAGCUACAGAUAAUAUAUGGAUAAUGUAUGGUGCAGCUAAUGAAACAUGUUAUCUUUAACUACUAGAACAUAUUAAAAGUGUCAAAAAAUGCUAUCGAAUAAAUUCAUGAUCUUUUUUUAAAUACAAAUAUUUUGCAUUAAAUACUUUUGAAAUUCA